AGGCUGUUUUAAAUGCGUGCCGGGACUGACCAAUCAGGUAGCUCUCGUAGUGAGCUAGCGCGAGGCUGUGUGGUCUUCUAUAGAGAGGAAGCGCGACUCGAGGAGGCCGUUAGUGUGACUGAGGAGAACAGACGACAGGACAAACAUUAGCAGAAGGUGUGGUGAUAGUUGAGUGGCUUCGUAAUCAUGGCAAAGGGUGAACCAGGGAAACCCAAGGGCAAGAUGUCCGCCUAUGCCUAUUUUGUGAAGACGUGCCGUGAAGAGCACAACAAGAAGAACCCUGGUGUCACAGUUAACUUCUCAGAAUUUUCCAAGAAGUGCUCAGAGAGAUGGAAAACUAUGUCACCAAAAGAGAAGACUAAAUUUGACGACAUGGCCAAACAGGACAAGGCCCGUUAUGACCAGGAAAUGAUGAGCUACAAUCCAGGAAAGAAAGGUCGGAAGCAGAAGAAGGACCCUAAUGCUCCAAGGCGGCCACCGUCUGGAUUUUUCCUGUUCUGUGCAGAACAAAGGCCCAACAUCAAGGCUCAGAACCCCAGCCUGGGCAUUGGAGAUGUAGCCAAGAGGCUGGGAGAGAUGUGGAACAAUCUGUCUGAUUCUGAGAAGCAGCCCUUCCUGUCCAAGGCCAACAAACUGAAGGACAAGUAUCAGAAGGACAUGGCAGACUACAGAGGAAAAGGAAAAGGAAGUGGAGGGGCAUCAUCUGCCAAAUCCAAACCGAAGGAUGAUGAUGAUGACGACGAUGAAGACGAUGAGGAGGAGGACGAAGAAGAGGAAGAUGAUGAGGAUGAUUAAAGAACUUGUUUCUCCUAAUUGGGCAGUAAGUUAUUUGUUUGCUGCCAAUUAGUAUCAGUUAAGUCUGGGUCUACGAGGUCUUGAUGUCAAGGCUGCUAUAAACUGAUCACCAGUAGAAAUGCCCAAUGCAUGCAAGCUCUGACUUUUGACAACCAAACUCUCUCAGUGCUGGGUUUGCUGGUGGUCCUGUUACAGCUUGCUAUUAAACUGCAUUGGCAAAAGAAAAAUAUUUCCACGUUCAACAAUAAAACAAAGUGGUAGCAGUACAUACUCUUUUAAAACUAUUUAAGGUGGUGUGUUUCUGUACGGCUGUUGACUUAGUUCUUUUUUUUUUUUUUUUUCUACUCUCCCAGCUUUCAAAAUACACAAUUUGUUGAUAUUUAAGGUUCAUUUCUGUUUUGGCCCCAUAAGCUUCCUGCAAUGUUGAAAGGAUGUUUGUGAAUUGUGGUUAUUAUUAUUUGUGUAAUUUUGACUGAUUACAUUGAUAAUUUUAUGUGUGGAGAGUCUAUGGACAUUUUCAGCUUUAACCAGAGGCAAGUGAUCAGAUGUUGAGCUGGGGAAGCUCUUAUUUGCACCUUCAGUUGUUACUUUUUUUUUUUUUAUGUCUAGGUGACACUGUGAUUUGAAAUAAACAUGGCAUUUUUAGAUCUCAAAUGAUUCAAGCGACUUUCUUAUCUGCAAAAUGUUCAAUGUAGUGUGUAAAUACUUGGGGUAUUUGUCAAUGUUAUCAAUAAAAGGAUAAAUGGUGA